UCGUUGUCGUCUUGUGCUGCGGAUUUUGUGUGAUAUUCAAAAUGUCUACCAGCGCGGAGAACUGAAUCAGGAACUAGGAAAAAACAGCCCUUCCGCAGCGGGGUCUUGUUCCAUUGGAGAUAGUUAAUUGUGUGGUGUUAAUGUGGGAAGUGUUUGAUAACCGGUGUUAAUCGCGAGGAAAAUUCACAACCCGCAAACAAGUAAUUUGCUUUAUGUCCUCUGUACCUACCGUCGCAGUUACAGUCGUCGUUGUCGCUCUUUAGUGUGUUCGGUGGAUUUUUAGGUUUUCGGUGUGUUCCGUGUGCAGUGUUUUCAGAAGUUUCUUGGUUGACCGGCUGCGAAACCAAAAUCCAACCAUAGGCAACAAAAUUCUUCCGACCGCGGACGCCAAGUACGAGGACAAAGCGUACAUUUUCUGAAAAAAUAAUGGAAAAGAUUACGUGAAAAUGGGACACUCAGAUCGAACCCGCUUUUCACCGGAGAUUGCGUAAAAACUGUUUCCGCUGUUUCCUGUUUUAAUGAUUUUCGGUCUGCACGGAAUUUCCUUUCGUGAAAAUCGAAUUUUUCACCCUCUUGCGGUGUUGAGUGAAAAUUGGUGAUGCAGCUCGUCUGUUCAACAUAGAAAAAUAAACUUCGUGUCGUUCAGCAUAAAUUUAUGCAUGGUGCCAGUGCCAUAUCAAGCAUAGUGCAGAAGGAAAUCAAAUUAGAAUUCACAGAAUCCCUCGAGCGGUGCUGCCUUACCACCCCAGUAGGGAAGGAAUGUAAAUAUCGAAGAAGAGGAAAAAACAAGAAAAUCAAUAUUUACUACGCUACUCGAAGAGAGCAAAAGCAAAAAGGCAGAGCGAAUGUGCGUGUGUGUUCGUCCGGCUGGUGGCAUGUAGAAAGAAGAGAGAUCAAGAGUGUGGAAGCAGCGAGAGAUAACAAAACAGAAUAGAUUUUGAUAGGAGAAGGAAGGGAAAGAUAAGGAGGCUGUGUGUCGUGCCGUUUUGGUUGUGGCGCAGGUUAAGAGUGUGCAAAGAAUAAGAAGAGUGAAUGCGACAAAAGUUCUGUGAUUAAUGAUAGUGAAAGCCCUUGAUGGGAGCAGCACAAAAGAAGCAAGCUGAUGAUACACGGAAAGCCCUACAGUACAGCACAGGUUCAUAUAUAUGAACUAUCGAGGGAAGGAAAAAUUAAAAAAUCGUUUGCCUGUCGCAAUAAACCGAGGAGCGGAAAAAGUGAUUGUGAUUGAAUAAGAUUUGGUAUAAUUACUGAUGUGAAUGAUUUCCUUGGUGUCAACAGAUAAUGCUAGUGAAACGCAUAUUAGAGUAUAGUUAUGAGCCUUUCUGAAUUCUAUGCCCUGCGUGCUAGUGUCUGAAGCUGUGGAUGCUAAUAUUUAUUCUGCUAAAGUUUAUUGAUUAAAAAGUAGUAAAAUAUCAAAAAGAUACAUACGUAUUACCGGGAUGGCUGGACGCGUAUUAUCCCAUUAUUAAUCCUAAAAUCUAAGCCAAUUGAUAUCGACGAAUAUUACUGAAACCGCUUUCCAAUUUUUGCAACAAUAUCAUAUUGCUAACAUAAAUAACCAGUAAAAGUGCUAAUUAUAUUACCAAUCAAAAACUUUCCACAAAUAUUCGCAUAAUAUAUUCAUCACACCAAAGGUAGCUACGUUAGAGAUUCUUUUCUCGUUUUCCAUUUGCAAAUUGAAUGUGGCAUUCCCAAUCAUCAUAUGAUCAAUAAUAAUAAACAAGAAUUUGCUCUAUAAAUAGCCCGGCCGGGAAUACUAAAGUGAUCAACAAAAAUAGUAGUGCUUUCAAGUUAUCCAAUCGUGCAUCCUAGGCUAGUUUUUUAGCGGUUUUCUCUCUAUCUCGGAAAAUAGGUGAUAAAAGUUAUUGACGGCAUCAGCAGUUUGUCUCCCGCCAAAGCUACAUUGCGGUGCGCGGGUUUUGGCGUUGAUGUGUUAAUUAUUACCGGAAGUGAUCAAACGGAGUCGGCCCUGGCAACUGCGCUACUGCCGUGCGGGAAGGUGUGCUGCUAAUUGGCCGGUAACGGGUGGGUGGUUGCAAAAGUUGCAUCCACCGGUUUGGUCUCUGCCGCAAUCAUGUUGUCGUCGUCGGUCGGUCGUUCCGAUAGAUCCCGCCGAUCGUUAUGCCGUCGCCAUCAGUAUCGGCUGCCGGGUGGACAGCAGAUUGUGGCGUUCAUUGUUGUAGCCGUGUUCGUUGUUGGAAACUUAUGUGCCUGGCAGGAGAAUGCUCGCCCGAAGCUCUACGUGUCAUUAGCCGAUGAAGAGUACCUCAAGUUCCAGGGAAAUGAAUCGACGAUCGACUAUUUCAAACUAGUUCUUCGGGAUGCCACCAGCAACAGUUUGCUGGUGGGUGCAAGGAACAUCGUGUACAACCUAAGUAUAUACGAUCUGAGUGAACAGACUCGGUUGGUGUGGUUCUCCUCGGAGGAUGACAUCAAAAUGUGCGUGAUGAAAGGCAAAGAUGAGGAUCUCUGUCAAAAUUACAUCCGUGUGCUGGCGCUGCCAACGCCCGAAACGCUGCUCAGCUGUGGCACCAAUGCGUUUCGGCCCAUGUGCCGCGUGUACGGCAUCAACGGCAACAGCUACUCGGUCGAGUCGGAAAAACCCGGCCAGGCCGUAUGUCCGUACGAUCCAGCGCACAACUCGACGGCUGUGUUUGUUGAUAACGAACUUUACUCCGGCACCGUGGCGGACUUCAGCGGGCUCGAUCCAAUUAUCUACAGGGAACCGUUGCAGACCGAGCAGUACGACAGUUUGAGCCUAGAUGCUCCCAACUUCGUCGGAUCAUUCACGCAAGGUGACUUUGUUUACUUCUUCUUCCGCGAGACGGCGGUCGAGUUUAUCAAUUGUGGCAAGGCCGUUGUAAGUCGUGUCGCACGUGUCUGCAAGUGGGACAAAGGUGGUCCGCAUCGGUUCAAGAAUCGUUGGACAACCUACCUCAAGUCGCGUCUAAACUGCUCGAUGCCGGGUGACUUCCCGUUCUACUUUGACGAAAUACAAUCAACCAGCAGUCUGAUAGAGGGUCGAUACGGCCACAGCAAUUCCAAGCUCAUCUAUGCCGUAUUCACCACGUCAACCAACGCUAUCGCUGGCUCAGCCAUAUGUACCUUCUCGCUGCAGGAUAUCGCCGACACGUUUGAAGGAAACUUCAAGGAGCAAAGUGGAUUAAACUCUAAUUGGCUACCUGUUAACCCAUCGAUGGUACCGGAUCCGCGACCUGGCUCGUGCCACAACGACUCGCGAACACUGCCAGAUUUAACACUCAACUUCAAAAAGACGCACUCACUGAUGGAUGAAAAUGUGCCAACAUUUUUCGGCUCACCGAUUUUGACUCGCGUUAGCACAGUCUACCGGUUCGCUGCCAUCGCCGUCGAUUCGCAGAUUAAAACUCCCGGCGGAAAAACAUAUGAUGUGAUUUUCGUUGGUACAGAUCAUGGGAAAAUCAUCAAAACGGUGAAUGCCGAAUCUGCGGACUCCAACAAGAAGGUUUCCUCGGUGGUUAUCGAGGAAAUCGAUGCGCUGCCCACCAGUGAACCGAUUCGGAGCCUGGAAAUUGUACGAACGAUGCAGUACGACACGCCGAAGGACGGAAGCUAUGAUGAUGGAAAAUUAAUUAUAGUCACCGAUACUACCGUGAUAGCGAUUAAAUUACAUCGUUGCAGCAGUGAAAAGAUAACAAGUUGCAGCGAGUGCGUAGCACUGCAGGAUCCGUACUGCGCCUGGGACAAAAUUGCCGGCAAGUGUCGAUCACAUGGAGCCCCUCGGUGGUCGGAGGAGAACUACUUCUACCAGAGCGUUGCCACCGGGGAUCACGCCGCCUGCCCAUCCGGCAAGAUGCCUAAAGAUGCCAACGUUGAAAAGCAAGGAUAUCGAGGUGAUAUUGAUUACGAUCCGCAGCGGCCCAGCAAGGACCAGCCGGGAAAUGACAUGAUUAGCAUAAUGCAAGACAAAAACGCCUACGACGACAAAGGUCCACAGAUAACUCCUGAUCUGAUAAAUGCACAAUACACCGUGGAAACGCUGGUGAUGGCCGUCCUAGCUGGUGCAAUAUUUGCCCUGUUGGUUGGCUUCAUCACUGGUUACUUCUGUGGAAGGCGCUGCCACAAGGAUGAAGACGAUAAUCUGCCCUAUCCGGAUACGGAAUAUGAAUACUUUGAGCAGCGGCAAAAUGUGAAUCGGAUACAAACCGAACCAAAAUUGCUUCCACAGGUCGAAGAAGUGACCUAUGCCGAGCCCGUACUAUUACCUCAGCCAUCUAGUCAGAACAAGAUGCAGCAUUCGCCAAAAAAUACGCUAAGAAAACCGAUGGGCCACCACCAUGGUGUCAACUCGGAAACCCUAUUCCAGUUCCAGCCCGAUGGCUACAAUGCUCGUGAUAAUUACCGAGGUCGUGACAACUUCGGUACUCUCCGAUCCCAUCAAGGUGAUAAUUAUCGUCGCGGUGACGGAUUCUCAACAACAAGAAGUGUUAAAAAAGUGUAUCUCUGAGACGGGAACGGGGCGGCUGAGACCAGCCAGGGACUGAUUAAUCAAAAUAUGCACUUUUAUAUAGGUCCUUAAUACCAAUACUCGUAACAGAAGUCUCGGCCGAAUGAAAAGGCAGCCGCCCCGGCAUGGCAUAGUAACGCAACACCGUUCCGAUAGUCCACAGAAUUCCAG